AUGGGGGGCCAGGAGGCCCCAGCUAACCCAACAAGGGGGCCCCCAGUACCCACGGGGCCCCCAGUACCCAGGGGGCCCCCCUCCACUGCCCUCGAUUAUGCCCUUUUAGAUGCAGGAGAGCCUCUUCUUAGUGGCUUUCCAGAGGCCCCUUUGGGGCCCCAGCGGCAGCUGGGAAGGGCCCCCAAGUACCCUUUCCAGGGUCUCCCAGGGGGCCCCCCGGGGGGCCCCUCUAGCCCUCAGUACCCUCUAGAACGCUUUGCAGGGGGCCCCCCUGGGGCAGGGGGCCCCCCUGGGGCCCCUUCUACCCUUCAGUACCCCCUACAAGGCUUUGCUGGGGGCCCCGCAGGGGCCCCCAGAGCUCCUCAGUACCCACUAGAGGGCCUCCCAGGGGGGCCCCCCAGGGCCCCCGGGGGCACUGCAGGAGGGGCCCCAGGGGCCCCCUCAGGGCUGAAAGUGGGGCCCUCAGAGCAGCAGCGCAGCAGCAAACUCCUGCUGUAG